AUUUUUGUUUACCAUAUGUUUGUUUUUUAACAAUGUUUUUUCGGAAUGUUUGAAUUUUUAUAUAAAAAUUUUUUGUUACGACCAUAUAUACAUGCUUUUAUUAAAUAAAGCAACAUUUAAAUAAUAACAAAUUCGUUGUUGGAUCAUAUAGGUUCGACAUUCAAUUUUACACCUUAUAAACAACGUAACAUACUCUCCCGGCCCUUUUCAAAAAAAUAACUAACUUAUGAAAAUCACUAAAAUUUGCUGCAUAGGAGCCGGUUACGUAGGCGGUCCAACCUGCGCGGUUAUAGCCUACAAAUGUCCGCACAUCAAAGUGACCGUCACCGAUAUAAAUGCGGUCAGAAUCGCUCAAUGGAAUUCUGACAAACUGCCUAUUUACGAACCUGGUUUAGAAGAGAUUGUCAAAUCCUGUCGCAAUAAAAAUCUAUUUUUCUCCACCGACCUCGAGGAAAAUAUUAUCGACGCCGAUCUGAUAUUCAUAUCAGUCAACACACCUACCAAGGAAUUCGGUUUAGGAAAGGGCAGAGGACCCGAUCUGAAAUACGUCGAAUCCUGCGCCCGGCUCAUAAGCAAUUCCAUUCUCAAUAACCCAAUUCCUAAAGGUUCUAAUAAGCUUAAAAUAGUUGUCGAAAAGAGUACGGUACCUGUUAGGGCCGCCGAAAUGCUGUCCUUUAUCCUGACUUCCACGUCUUUUUCCCAUGGCAAUAAUGCUGCUAGUAGUAACCUACUUGCCAGCGAGCCUGCCUAUGAAGAUGCCAAGGAUUAUGAAAACAAAAUUAAAAGUGAAUCAAAUGGAGAAACGAAAGAUAUCAAUGGAAACGCGACGCAUAUGAUGAACGGAAUCGAAAACGCGAUGGACGACUUCCUUAUCGGACACAAUCGAAUUGGCAAUGGUGGGGUCCAUUUUGAAAUCCUAUCGAAUCCCGAAUUUUUAGCUGAGGGUAACGCCAUUAAAGACUUGUUGGAACCGGAUAGAGUUUUAAUUGGCGGUCACGGCGACACCAAAAACGGCAAAAUAGCUAUAAGGGCCUUGUGCGAACUAUACUGCAAUUGGAUACCUAGCGAUAGGAUCAUAACCACCAACACUUGGUCUUCCGAACUUUCCAAAUUGGCAGCCAACGCAUUUCUCGCACAACGUAUUAGUAGCAUAAACGCCAUAUCAGCCAUUUGCGAAGCUACAGGUGCCCACGUCGGUGAAGUGGCGCACGCUAUCGGCCGCGACCACCGAAUAGGACCACACUUUCUAAAGGCCAGUCUUGGUUUUGGUGGCAGCUGUUUCAAAAAAGAUGUUUUACAUUUAGUUUACCUGAGUGAAUGCCUCAAUUUACCCGAAGUGGCAGCUUAUUGGCAACAAGUAAUAGCUCUCAACGAGUACCAAAGGAAGCGAUUCUCCGAUACGAUAGUAUCUUCGUUAUUUAAAACUGUCUCCAACAAGAAAAUAGCCUUACUCGGUUUUUCGUUCAAGGAAAAUACGGGCGAUACACGAGAAUCGAGCGCCAUUCACGUCUGCCGCUACUUGUUAGAAGAGCGGGCCAAACUGACCAUCUACGACCCGAAAGUUGAAAAGGCCCAAAUUCAGUGGGAUCUUAAGCAUUACGCCUCCUUCCACGAAGGGGAGAAAUCCUCUGCCGAGACUAAGGAAUGGGGGUCAAUAGAGGAUUUGGUGGAUGAAAACGUGGCUAUAGUUGAGGACGUGUAUCUGGCUACCGAGGGAGCUCACGCUAUAGUGAUUUGCACGGAGUGGCAGGAAUUCAAAACCCUAGAUUAUCAACGCAUCUAUGACCACAUGUGCAAACCGGCGUUCAUAUUCGAUGGCCGAAUUCUUUUAAACGCCGAAAAACUCAAGAAAAUUGGGUUCCACGUGCACACCAUCGGUUCCUCCUUUCCUUCCCCUCAUUCCCGGAAGUCAUUUAGCAGUGCUAGAGCAGCUGGAGAUUUCUCUCUUUAAAAAAAAUAUAUAUUUGCUCCAAAUUUUCAAUUCAUUCCAUCUAUUUAUUAAAUCCGAAUGAUUUUUUCUUUUUUAUGUUCUCCCAUUCCAUUAGUAAAUUUUAAAUAUUUUUUAAUCUCCCCUAUGAAUUUCUCAUUCAUUCCAUCAUACGAUUUUAUCAAUAGUCAAAUGUUUUCAGCCUAUCUUAUAAAAACAUUUAUUUCUCGAACAGAGAGAUAUUUUAUAAAAAAAAAAAUUCCUACAAUUUCUGAUCACAUAAUUUUAAAAAAAAAAUUUUUCCUUCCUUAUUUCUUCGAUACAUUAAUACAUUAUUUGCUUAUAAUCAAAAUUUAAUUCCCUCAACCGUUAUUUUUUUUCAAAAAUAUUAUAGCCAUUUAAAAAAAACUCUUUAAUUAUUAUUAUUAUCUAUGUUUUUUUUGUAAAAUUGAUUAUUUUCCCACUUGCUAUGCUAAGGCCACCUAUUUUUUUUUUACAAAGUAAAGGUAAACUCGUACUCCAUUUUAAUUCAGAUAAUUACCUUCCUUUUUAAAAAAAUAAGUGGCGGUUCUUUAUUUUUUCAAACUUAUUUACUUGGGAAUAAUAAAUACACUUUUAUGUCGGACGGAAAUAUGAUAAACAUGAAGUUAAAUGCUAUAUUCUUUUUUUUAAAAAAGAAAAUUCCAUAUUUUCUAAAUUAAUUGUAAAAUUAGGUAUUUUUUUAUUUUAUAAAAUAAGAUUCAAUAUUUAUAAUUAACUCUAAUGGGAACACGGGAUUAAAUUGCGUUUAAUAAUUUCGGUAUUAUAGAAGAAAGAAAAAUCAAAAAUUUCUAUUUUCCUCGAUAUUUUUAUAUUGCCAAAAAUUUUAAAAAACAAAAAAAUACAAAUUUUAUGUGAUAUUUUGUAUAUAUAUUUUAAUGUCUAGAUUUAAUUUUAUAUAACAAAAUUUCGAAAUAAUCACUUUCAAUAUUAUUUUACAAAGGUCCCAAUUUAUAUUUCCAUUCAUAAUAAUCGAUAUUUGGGAAAAAUCUAUAUUCAUUGUAUGCAAUAUGAAUGAAUAAAAGGAUAGGGUUUUUUAUUAUAUGCUGUUAUAUUAUCCCAAACCAUUUCAAACCUGUAUAUUGUUAUAAUGUAAGAUAUCCAUAUUUUUAAAAUAUAAAUGACUAUUUUUUUAUGAUUUAUUACCAAUUUUUUUAAUACGAAUAUUUUAUUUUUUUAAAAAAUUAAUUUAUCAAAUUUGUUAAAUAUGAUUAUAAUUAACUUUUGGGAGAGUAUUUUUUUUGUAAGAAAAAGAAGAAUUCGAAAUACUACGUUAUUUAAUAAUAUAUAAUUAUUGUAAAUGAAAUUAUAUUAUUUAUUUAUGUUAAAAAGAGGUACAGAAUGAUUUAUCCAAUUUUUUAAAUUAUAUUUAAAUUUGGUGCUUUAUUAUUAUUUUUUUGACAAUAAAUUAUAUUACCCUUUUU